UUGGCUGAAAAUGAUGAUUUGGCAAGUAAACACGAAGUCGCACAUGGAGUAAAACGGAAAAGAAGCGAUUAACCGGUAUAUGACAAUUUUAACUCAAUGCCGAUGAAAAUGAAUUCAUGACGAAAGAGAAAUUAGAGGAACAAGCUUUGUAUGGAAGGUUUGAUGUAUGGUGGAGGCACUGAUCAAGUUUGUGAAUCAGCUGGGACACAUCUGAACUUGAUGAAGACAUGGAGUAUCUGAAAUGUGUGCAAAGUAUACUGUUGUGUUGCCUUCUGUUUAUCUCAGGAAUUCAUGCGAAAACAAAAUGUGAAAUUUGUAAAGACGUUGAAAAGAAUUUUGAAGAGGGAUUGAAGAAAACUGCAAAGUCAAAUUUUGGGGGAGGCAAUACAAAAUGGGAGGAAAAAAGUUUAGGAAAAUACAGAUACAGUGAAACAAGAUUAGUGGAAGUGAUAGAAAAUUUAUGUGAAAACAGUGAAAAAGAAUGUCAUACAUUUGUGGAAGAACAUGAAGAAUUGGUGGAAAAAUACUGGCAUUCUGACUUUGCUAAAAACAAGGGAACAGAUUUCUUCAUGUGGCUAUGCAUUGACAAUGUGAAAGUAUGCUGUCCAGAGAACACAUAUGGUCCUAACUGCAAGUCUUGCCCUGGAGGAACGAAGUCACCAUGCAAUGGGAAUGGGAAGUGUGAUGGGGCGGGUACCAGAAGUGGCAAGGGCACCUGUUCCUGUGAUCAUGGGUACAGUGGUGAAAUGUGUGACAGCUGUACGGAUGGCCAUUACGAGGAAGUCAAGAACGAUACUCACACAAUCUGCAAUAAAUGUGAUGAUUCCUGUAAAUCAACAUGCUGGGAGGCAGGCCCUAAAGGCUGUGACGAGUGUAACACAGGUUGGACACACUCAGAAGAGGAAGGCUGUGUGGAUGUAGAUGAAUGUAGCAGUGAUUCAGCCAAAUGCACUGAUGAUGAAUACUGUUCUAAUACUGUGGGAUCAUUUUACUGUGGAAAAUGUCACUCAGCCUGUAAAGGCUGCACACAGUAUGGAGCUGAUAAGUGCACAGAAUGCUCGGGGGGCUACAGGCUGACCGACAACACCUGUACAGAUAUUGACGAGUGUACAGAGGACACCAGUCUGUGUGGAGGGGAGAACAGGCAGUGUGUCAACAACCCAGGGAGUUACACCUGUACGUGUAACGAGGGGUUUAUAGAGCAGGACGACAAGUGUGUCCCUAAACCUAAAGAUGUUCCAAAGCCAUCAAAAAAGAAGAAAACUAAAUCUAAAAGCAUUUGGUCAAAGAUCUAUUCUUUUGCUACACAGGCCUCUAUGUUGAACUUUCUAUUGGUGUUGUGUCUCUUUGUUUUGUUUGGUCGCCUAUUCAAAGGGGAGGUGCUUGUUAUUCUGAUUAUGUCUGUACUGUAUCUUCAGUAUUUGUUAUGGUUUUCGUCAAAAACUGAGAAAUCCAAAUGAUUUUGUUCAUCUUCCUAAUUGUCCUUUAAUGUUAACUUUACUCAUUUAUCAUAAUUGUGCAAUACAGUAUGUUGAAUUUUGUAAUUCAUGUUUGAUUUAUUGGGAAUUUUUGAAAUGCAAAAAAUGAAUACAAGUCAAGGUUUAGUGUUCACAUUGUUGUAAAUGGGUUUUUAAGUGUUGUCUACAUGUGAUUGUGAGCAAAAACGUGGAUUUAAGACGGUCACCCUCUUUACUAAUGUUAAUGCUUCUUAUAAGAAUUACUAUUAAUAGCAAAUAAAUAGUUAUUUCUAAGGCAAACUUUGAACUGAUGAAUUUGAUAUAUUUCUUGUAACACGAAUGAAUGAAAUCAAUUCCGGUACCGGUUGUAAGACACUAUUUAAUUGGCUAAAAUAAUGUGUUAUAUUAUUUGUAACAUUUUUUGUCAUGGUUUACACAUAUGUCUCGUAUUUUCUGAACUUAUAAAUGGUAGAAAAAUUAUCAUUGAUAGUUAUGCAUCUACUGCAUUAAAAAUAUGUUUAGUUAUUAUCAUUAUUGGAAAAUCACAGAACUAUUAUAUUAGCAUUAUGUUGAUAUUAAUGUACAAGUAGCAGAGCAAUAUGUAUUUUUUUUCUUGGUUUUUUAGAAGGUUUGAUCCUGAAUUAUUAUAUGCUUCAGAACAUCAUACCAAGUCUUGUACAUGUACUGUUCACACAGUUUUUAAAAGUGAAUUAAUUAUAUCACCAAGCUAUCUAUCUCAUUUAAACAAAGACUUCUACUUUUUUCACAAUAUACUACACGUAAAUUUAAAACUUCUUGUUCUUGAUCAAUUUAUUAAAAACUGAAAAAAAAAUUAAAAAUGAAAUUCGUCUGCAUGAAAACUUUUUAUUCAUGAAAAAGGGAGAGUACAUAUUGUAGAGAUUCUGGUACUGGUUAGAAAAUUAACCAGUUCUGUCAUGAUUUUGGGGGGGGGGGGGCUUUUUUUCAUU